AUGAGUGAACAACAACAAGAUUUUAAUCCAUCAACAAUAAUAAAUGAUGAUCAUGACCAUCACGAUAUGGAACAACAACAACAACAUGAAGAAAUAAUCGGAUCGAAUGAAAAUCAACAAUUACAAUCCAAUAUUAAUAAUAAUAUUAAUAAUAAUAAUAACACAAAUGAACAAGAUAGUACAGUAUUAGUAGUAGAAGAUGAAAAACAACAAAUAACAUCAAAAACAAUUCGAGUAUUAGAAAGUAAAGCCUUUCAAUUAUCAGAAUCAUUUAAUCAUUUAUUAGGAUCAUUACAAACAUCAAUGUAUGCUAAAAGUGCAAUAACAUUACAACAUAUUGAAUUAUAUAAAAAUACAGUUGAUAGUUUUUGUAAUAAUGUAAAUGAAUCUGUUGAUAGUUUGGAAUCUUUUAUUAAUCGUUUAAAUGAUUUAAAUAAUGAAUUAAAACAAAUGAGAAAUUUAUAUCAUAAUAUUAAAGAAUUAAGAAAAUGUGUUGAAAUUAUACAAUUUAAUGUUAAUAAUUCAAAUCAAAAUAAUAGAAAUAAUAUUUUUAUAAAUCAUUUAGAUGAUGAUCAAAAUUAG